AUGAAUCAUAAGAUGCCUUGGAAUUUGGCUCAAGGGACUGGACCAAUCAUGGAGAUUCUUGCAGCUUUCUUUGUUGGGUUAUGUUGUGUUUUGCUAAGCAAUGGAAUUGAAGUUGAAGCCUUACAUAAUGGAUGCCAGAAUUUUCAGUCUCACACGGUUAUGUUACAAGAAAAGCAGCCUUAUAGAACCUCCUUUCACUUCCAACCACCAGAAAAUUGGCUUAAUGGUAUGAAUAGGCCAAUGUGGUACAAGGGAGUUUAUCAUUUAUUCUACCAAUACAAUCCAUAUGGUGCGUUGUUUGGUGAUAUUAUGAUAUGGGCACAUUCUGUAUCACAUGAUCUCAUCAAUUGGAUUCAUCUCAAUCAUGCCCUUUGCCCAACGGAACCAUAUGACAUCAACAGUUGUUGGUCUGGUUCUGCUACAAUCCUUCCUGGGAAGGGACCUGUAAUUUUAUACACUGGAAUUGAUUCUAACCAUCGACAGGUUCAGAAUAUGGCAGUGCCAAAGAAUUUGUCUGAUCCAUUACCUGAAGAAUGGACAAAAUUUCCACAAAAUCCUAUCAUGACUCCUCCUGAUGGUGUUGAAGGGAACAAUUUUAGAGAUCCUACAACAGCUUGGUUGAGUCCUGAUGGAAAAUGGAGUGUGAUCAUUGGAAGCUGGAGCAAUAAUCAAGGAAUGGCAAUUCUGUAUCGAAGUGAAGAUUUUGUUAAUUGGACCAAGUACCAAGAUCCUCUUUAUUCAACAGAAAGAACUGGGAUGUGGGAGUGCCCAGACUUUUAUCCUGUGUCUGUUAAUAGCACAAAUGGGGCAGACACUUCAGUCCUCGGUGCAGGUUUUAAACAUGUGAUGAAGGCAAGCUUCAAUUCCCAUGAUUAUUACCUGAUUGGUACUUAUGCCCCAGGGAUGCAAAAAUAUAUUCCUGAUAAUGACUUCACCAGUACCAGUAAGGACUUGAGGUAUGACUACGGCAAAUUUUAUGCUUCAAAGACAUUCUUUGACAUUGACAAGAAUAGAAGAAUUUUAUGGGGUUGGGUAAAUGAAUCUGAUAGCAUAGAAGAUGACACGGACAAAGGAUGGUCUGGACUUCAGUCAUUUCCUAGGCACAUUUGGCUGGACAGAAGUGGAAAGCAAUUAGUGCAGUGGCCCAUAGAGGAAAUCAACAAACUACAUGGCAAGAAAGUUGGCUUCCUUCAUAAGAAACUUGAUAGUGGAUCAGUAUUUGAAGUUCAAGGCAUUACUGCUUCACAGGUAGAUGUUGAGGUUGUUUUUGAAUUGCCAGAAUUGCAAGAGGCUGAGUUCUUGAACCCUACUGGAGUUGAUCCCCAACUACUUUGUACUGAUGCAAAUGCAUCAGUCAAAGGCAAAUUUGGGCCAUUUGGUUUGUUAGCCUUAGCAACGAAGGACUUGACAGAGCACACUGCGAUUUUCUUUCGGAUAUUUAAAGGCCUGAAAGGAUAUGUAAUCCUCAUGUGCAGUGAUCAGAGCAGAUCUACUCUACGAGAUGAGGUUGAUAAAACCACAUACGGAGCUUUCGUGGAUAUCGAUCCUCGGCGUGAAAAGAUUUCAUUAAGAAGCUUGAUUGAUCACUCCAUUAUCGAGAGUUUCGGUGGGGAAGGGAAGGCUUGUAUCACCAGCAGAGUUUAUCCUAAGUUGGCUGUUCACGAAGAAGCUCACCUGGUUAUAUUUAACAAUGGAACUCUGAGUGUAACGAUCUCAAGUCUGAAUGCUUGGAGCAUGAACAAAGCCCAAAUCAAGCACAAAGAAAACUUCAUUGGCAAGGCAUCACAUUAG